CGUUCACAAUUUAAUCAGUUUAAACGUCAGCGAGUUUCAUUGCACCAUUAAAAAUGCUAACAGACGAUAAACACACGAUUUGUUCAACGGAUUCCGUGGUAUCAAAACGGAAUUCGCACAAAACAUCCACGGAUUCGACGACUGAACCGCCGAGCAAACGAGUCAAAGUACACGUCACCUCACGAAGACGAAAAGGCAUAAGAAGUUUAGUGUCAAUGGAACCAAAUUCACCGAAAGAGUCCAACAAACAUGUCAUCCUCUUUGGAAUUUUAACAGUGAUCUUUGUUUUUAUCGGGUUGUUGAUGAGGAGUGAGGAAUUUCGUAAAGAAUUGAAACAUGUGGCAAUGAACCAAUUUCAACUCUAUUUGCACGGCCGUGAAAAUUACUGCAAUGAACCGUUCGAACAUUGGCACAUAUCAAAUGCCAUGCACAACCGAAUCAUUGGCCAGGGCGCAGUUCUCGAUAAGAUUGAUGAUGCAUUGCAACAACAUGAAAAUGUCACAGCAUUGGCUUUUAUUGGGACACAAGGUGUUGGGAAGACGCUUUGUUUGAAUUUAAUUCAGAAUAGUUUUCAAUGGCAUUUGAAUAUGCAUCAGUACAUUUGGUCUCUGAUACAGUCACCAGACGAUCAAUUAAAACAUUUGCUGAGGCUGAUCGAUAGCCUAAGCACAUGUGGCAUGAACGGAAUAUUCAUUGACAAUGUGCCGUUAAAAUACGUUGGAACUAUCAAUCGCUUUAAUCAGAAGUUGCAAGCGUAUUCGAAUAAAAAUCACAUCAAAUUGUUGGUGAUUUAUGUCUUUCAAACUAAUAAUCCGUUGGAUGCAAACGAACCACUCCAAAUAGAAAAUGUGAAAUCGAUUAAUUUUCGGCGAUUCAAUAGAAACGAUAUAAGAAUUUGUAUAAAUAUGGAAAGUGAUCGUUUGAAGCUUUCCAUCACGCAAGAUCAAAUUGAGGAGCUAUUGAAUAAUAUCGAUGCCGAACGGCACGGAUGCAAACAUGUAGCCGCUCGAAUUGCACGAGAAGAGGAAAUUCAAGGCGUCUAAUUUUACACUGUGACUUUUUUUGUAGAUAUAUUAAUUUAAAGAAACAACAAUUACAAAAGACAAUAUAAAUUUAGAAAAUGGAAAUUGUGAUCCGUAAUAGGGCAAAAUAGUUUAUAAGACGUGAUUUUUGUGAUUACAAUUUUAGAAAUAUCGUAAAUUAAUAUUUAUUAAAACGUUGUUACCAUUUUUAUACUGAAUAAUAAUUGAAACAAUUUGAAUAUAAUAUUCAUUUAAGGCUGUUAUCCAUCUCCAAACCGAAUGUACAAACCAAAAAUGACAUAUUCUAUCAAAUAAAUAAUUUACAUAGACUGAAUAUAUCGCGGGAGUUCAAUGAGA